GAAACCGCCCAGUUUUCAAAAUGACAAAACCGCCCCCGUCUUAGGCUCACUGGCCGAGACCAGACCACGACGCCUCCCUCAUCCUUCUCCUCUCUGCAACACUCUGCAGAAGCAACAAACUACAAAAGAAUUUCUGGCAAUAAAAGAAAAAAAAAUACUUAACACGUCACAAAAACAGUGAGCUCCAUUAACAACCCCCACUCAUUAAUGACAUUUACUACUUUGCCACUCUACCCUCCUUCCUUCAUCCGCUUUCUCUCCUCAUCCGGAUAUCCUCUUCCCUUCUUCUGUCUGGUUCUUCCAUUUCUAUUCUGUCUGCUGCUUACUCAGGUUUUUACUCUAAACAAUCCAAAAAGCUCAGCCACCAAGACUCAUGCACUUUUUAAUUCUUUUAGCCUUAGGGUGUUUUCAUUUUUAAACAAUGUAUCCCGCUUUUCACGCUAACUCUUUCAAGUUUCGUUAACUUCGAAGAGUUGAGAGUUGAGACUUCCUCCCCAUUCCCAUUUCCCACAGGUCUGAGAAGGUUUUCUCAACUUUGUCUUUGUCUUUUUAUUCUACAUUGUUUGUUUUUACUUGCAUUUAUUUAUUUCUGAGCUAUAUUUUAUUUGUUUUGGACUUUUUAGUAUGAAAUUUGAAUUCUAGAUUCUUUCGCUUUGAAUGGAGUUUUCUAUUUAUUUAUAUGCAAGGGCAAUGGUUUCCAAGGUUCGGUGAUUCUUGGUUUUGCUUUUUGUUAAGAAGGUAAGCAGCCAGGGCAGUAAGUUGGUUCUCUAAGUCUAAUGUCAAAGAUUUUACCUUUUCUUUUUUGCUUUUAAUGAAUGUGCAGGAAGUCUGUACUGCAUUUUUGGGUUUUUUUGGUGUUCAUUUUAACAUGCACAUUUUUAAAUGCUGAGUCUACAUAUAAAAUAUCUCAUGAGAAUGACAGGAUUCUUUGCUCGUUUGUGCGAUUUUUGUCGAAUGUGCUCUAAAGAGAUAAUCUUUACAAGGUUUUAAUGUUUUGAGAUAAAAGUUUUGGUUUUAUGCAUCGAAGGUGUUCCUGGAAAUGUUGAGAAUCCAUAUCAUGCUACUAUGUCCUAACAUAUGAGUUUAUGGUGAACAAAGCAACCCCAUUUUGAUACAUUCAUCUCAUUGGUCAUUUACUUAUUUUGAAAACAAUGGAUGGGCGCAGACAUUCUGUUGAUAUACCUAUCUCGAGAACCCUUAUAGCACUUAGGAGAGUGAGGUCAUUAAGGGAUCCAUCUACUAAUUCUAUGAGCAAAUUCUCUUCUUUGUUUGAUAAUGUCAAGUGGGAAACAAAUUCAAGCAAUGGGAUAUCUUUGCAAUUAGUAAAUGGUUGCCCAGAAGCUGGUUUGGAGCAUAAUGAAAUUCGGGGUCCAGAAUAUUUAGGAUUUGAUGAACGAAGAGAGGAGCAAGGUCAUGAGUUUAGGCUGCAUUCUGUUCCAGAAACUUUUAGCUCUAGGUUGAUCACGUGUGAGAAUGUGGAACAGGUUGGGAAAACUGGUUCUCCUGUUAGGGCCAAGCAGGUAGGUGAGUUAGAUGAUUGUAAUGGUGAUUUUAAGGAUUAUGGAUUACAUGAAGAGGAGGUCCAUAGAAAGGGACAAUUGAGUGAAAGAUCUCAUAGCAGCUUUAAAGAUAAAGGUAUGAAUUUGACAUGCAUGACAGCAACUAUUAAUUCUGUGGAGGAUGUAGAUUCAUGCAAUGAACCAAUUGUAGGAUCCUCACCAAUGGAGAGAGUUAAUCACCGUGCUUCAAAACAAAAAUUACAAUCUAGGAAUCAAGUGAAAUUAUAUGGGGCAAAUGGUGAUGUUGCAAGCCGUGCUGGAAGUCCAUGCCCAUCUCUUGAUGUUGUUUCAAAUCGUAGUAGGCAGUUAUAUGGGGAUGAAGAUGUCGAUGUUGUUGAUUGCAUCCAUCGUGGAUGUGGAAUAAGCUACUGUUGGUCAAAAACCCCAAGAUUGAGAGAAUCAAAUCCAUCCUCUGAUUUUGAAGACCUCCCUUUGUUGUCUGGGGAUACGAGUGAGACAACUCUUUGUGGGCAGAGCUUCUGGAAGUGCAUUAAUGGUGAAAUUAAUCCACAUUCAGAUACUCCUAGAAGCUUGAGUCAAAAAUUCAGGCCAAAAUCUUUUGAUGAAUUGGUGGGACAAAGUGUUGUUGUGAGGUCUCUUUUGAGUGCCAUUUCUAAGGGAAGGAUAACCUCCUUUUACCUUUUCCAUGGUCCUCGUGGUACGGGCAAGACCUCUGCCUCAAAGAUUUUCGCUGCUGCUUUAAAUUGCCUCUCAUUAGAGGAAUUUAAGCCAUGUGGUCGAUGCCGAGAAUGCAUUUUGUUCUAUUCUGGAAGGAGCCGAGAUGUUAAGGAGGUUGAUUCUUUGAGAAUCAAUCGCUUGGACAGGUUGAGGUCCCUUGUAAAGAAUGCAGUAGUUCCUCCAGUUUCUUCACGGUUCAAGAUUUUCAUCAUCGAUGAGUGCCAGUUAUUGCAUGGUGAGACAUGGGCAACUGUUUUAAACAGCCUAGAAAAACUUUCUCAGCACAUUGUUUUUGUUAUGAGCACUCCUGAACUCGAUAUGCUGCCAAGAAGUGCAGUUUCUCGGUCCCAAAAAUAUCACUUUCCAAAGAUAAAAGAUUCUGACAUUUCAAACAGGUUGGAGAAAAUCUGUGUCAAGGAAGGUCUUGACUAUGAUCGGGUUGCUUUAGACUUCAUUGCCGCUAAAUCCAAUGGUUCACUAAGGGAUGCAGAAAUGAUGCUUGAUCAGUUGAGUUUGCUUGGUAAAAAGAUCACUAUGUCCUUGACCUAUGAGCUUAUUGGAACUGUUUCUGAUGAUGAAUUGCUUGAUUUGCUGGAUCUGGCUUUAUCAUGUGACACUUCAAAUACAGUAAUAAGGGCAAGGGAGCUAAUGAGAUCAAAAAUUGAUCCUAUGCAACUUAUAUCACAGCUGGCAAAUCUCAUUAUGGACAUUCUUGCGGGUAAAUGUGAGGAAGAUAGUUCUGAAGCCAGAAGAAAGUUUUCUGGAAACCAUGCCUCUGAAGUAGAUUUGCAGAAGUUAAGUCAUGCAUUGAGAAUACUUUCUGAAACAGAGAAGCAUUUGAGAGUGUCAAAGAAUCAAACAACUUGGCUCACUGUUGCUCUUCUGCAACUAAGCUCUGUGGAAUCUAAUUUGCCGGAGGUGAAUGAUUCAAAAAUGUGUUUGGCAAAUGCUCAACACAAAGAAGGUGAUUCUAACAGCACAUCAGCCACUGGGGGGAGGUCAAAUCAUUCCUUCACUUGUAUGUGUAACGGCAGUAACUCCUCUAAAUUGGGAAAACUGGAGGAUCCUGAGAGAAGGCUGGAAUCAGUAUGGAAGAGAGCGACAGAAUUAUGCCAAUCCAGUUCACUCAAGAAAUUUCUAAGGAAACAAGGGAAGUUGUCUUCUCUUUGUGUUAAUCAAGGUCUGGCUAUUGCUGAACUAGAAUUCCACAAUCCUAAUCAUGUAUCUAGGGCUGAAAAAUCCUGGAAACUGAUUGCAAGUUCACUUCAGUUGGUAGUGGGUUGUAAUGUGGAGAUUCGCAUUAAUCUUGCUGUGACUGAUCCAGUGACCAAGUGUGAAAAAGUAAGGAAAAUAUCUUUUAGUUUGUUUAGUUGUUCACGCAGGCUGCAGCUGAAGUCAAGAGCAUCUACAAAAAGUGGAAGUGAUUCUGAAGUUUCACAGUAUGCCUCUGAAAAACCUAUGAUGAGUGACAGACCUAUUUUAAAUUAUUGCUCUGACCAUGCGUUUGAAAGACCUCAUAAUUGUUCUUAUGGAAGGGAAGUGGUUAGGGCUUUCAGAAAUAGUGAAGGAAACAUACUGAGUACAGGGGCAACCUCAUCUUGUGGAUCAUUACGAGAUGAUACAUCUCUAAACCCUGCAUAUGGAGUUGAUUCUUCGAAAGGAGAAGGAAGGGACUGUGAAUGCCAGAUUUUUUCUAUUCAAGAGCCCGAUUAUCAGCCAAAUUGUUUCCCUAGAGUGUUGAGGCCUCAGAAGAAGGUGCAUUUGUCAGACAGCGCUAAAAUGAAUUCUGUGAGUAACCAAGAAGAAAACAAACUUGCUUUAUCUAUUCCUGGGAUGUCAUCUUUUGAAAAACCCCUUGUUUCCAAUGACUCUUAUGUUUUCUGCUGCUCCAAUGAUGAGGAUAGAUUGAGGGAGAACUCUGAGGUGCUUUGUUGGAGAACACCUACAUUUCCCUUAAAGAAGGCUUGGCAGCUGACUCACCAACGUCGCCGGUCACAUUGGGUAGACUGGGUUCUUCCUUGCUCAACUGCAAAGUAGCUCUAUACCAUAUGUGAUAGACCAGCAAGUUUGUAAAGAUUCUUAGAACCUUCAAAGUACUAAUGUCUUGCACAUUUUUGUUAAUAUAUAAAUAUAUAAUCAAAUUUGAGAUGGUACAUGUUAGAAGGGAGCAAAGACAGGGCAGCCCUAAUGUAUAGCCAGAAACAAUUAAUGUCGGCUGUUUCAUGCUAUGCUUCAUUGAUGAAGUUCAAAAGCCAUUUUUCUUUAAUGAAGAUUUCACAUUCAUUAUUGAUGAA